UGGGAACUCCCCCUUCAGCACCCUGGAGAGCGCCGAGCCGACCGCUUUAGUACUUGAGUGAAGUCGCAGGCUGCCGGGCUCACAGUCAGGUCAUCCGACGCCGCUAGACACUUUUCAUAUUUUUUCAUAUUUGUCUUUUCCCGGCCCUCGCUUCCACCUCAGCACGAGCUCAUCGAACGCGGAAUCAAAGAGCAACUUGAUGAAUAUUCAAAGGGUUGCGUCUACGGCGGCUGACCAAAGGAGACGGCUCGACGGGCGUCCUUUUUAACAACACUUCCAGCUGCUCAACUCACCUUCGACAGGAUAACAUCUCCAGGACAGUGCGGGUUUUGAAUCCACACCUCCAUACGGCAGUAUCGUGGGGGUUCGUGGGGGAGGGGGGUUCGCACGCGUUUCGGCGCAGCUUUCUUCCUUUGGAACAACGGGAAAUCUUCGAAAUGUUGCUUGAGCACCCGGGGUCAAGCUGUCAAAACGCCGGAAAUUUCUCCCGGUACAAUUCAGGCCAAGAAAUCCCAUUAUGUGCAGGCUGCAAUCAACACAUCGUGGACCGCUUCAUCCUCAAGGUGCUGGAUCGCCACUGGCACAGCAAGUGCCUCAAAUGCAACGACUGCCAGGCGCAAUUGUCUGAGAAGUGCUUCAGCAGGGGCGACAGCGUCUACUGCAAAGAAGAUUUCUUUAAGAGAUUCGGGACCAAAUGCGCAGCCUGUCAGCAGGGAAUCCCGCCCACGCAGGUGGUGAGGAGAGCGCAGGACUUUGUGUACCACCUGCACUGCUUUGCCUGCAUCGUGUGCAAAAGGCAACUGGCUACAGGGGACGAGUACUAUCUGAUGGAGGACAGCAGGCUGGUGUGCAAGGCCGACUACGAGACCGCCAAACAGAGAGAGGCUGACUCGACCGCAAAAAGGCCCCGAACCACCAUCACUGCUAAACAGCUGGAAACGCUGAAGAACGCCUACAACAACUCCCCCAAACCUGCACGCCACGUCCGGGAGCAGCUGUCCUCGGAGACGGGCCUGGACAUGCGGGUUGUGCAGGUCUGGUUUCAGAAUAGGCGAGCUAAAGAGAAAAGGCUGAAGAAAGACGCCGGCCGGCAGAGGUGGGGGCAGUAUUUCCGCAACAUGAAGAGGUCGCGAGGGAGCUCCAAAUCCGACAAGGACAGCAUUCAGGAGGAGGGCAUGGACAGUGACGCCGAGGUGUCAUUUACAGACGAACCACCCAUGUCAGAGCUCGGCCUCACCAAUGGCAUCUACAGCAGCCUGAGCGAGUCCUCUCCGGUGAUGGGGGGCCGCCAAGGGGGCAACAACCACGGCUCCUUCCCCCUGGAGCACGGCGGUCUUCCCCCUCAAGACCAGUUCCGCGACAUCCGCUCCAACAGCCCCUACGGCCUCCCUCAGUCGCCGGGGUCGCUCCAGGCGCUACCCAGACACCAGCCUCUCAUCUCCAGCUUGGUCUACCCCGACUCCGCCCUCUCCAUCAUGAGCCAGGGCGGCGGGCCCGGGGUCAACCCCGGCGCCAGGGGCUCCAUGAGCGCCGCCAACGGCCCCAGCUCGGACCUGUCGACCGGCAGCAGCGGAGGGUAUCCGGACUUUCCGACCAGUCCUGCGUCCUGGUUGGAUGAGGUGGACCACGCGCAGUUUUGAUUGGCCAAGACAAGAGAUUUGAAUUUUUUUUCCAGGGCGUGGGGGAGGUUUUGGAUUUUGGGGAUUUGAAAUUAGUCACAAAUGACAGUGAUUGAGCGAAAGGCAGAGGCCGCUGUCCUUGGAUCUCACAGAUCUGGGAUCUGGACGGAAGGAGGUGGUGAAAAUGUCCUUUAUUAUAAGCACUAGACCGAACAACUUGGGUCAAAUUGUCCUCCAGUCGGAAAAAAGUGUACGUAAAGUAAGAACUGUGUCUAAAGAUGUUCAAUUUCCAGGUACCACUAUAAGCUUUUUAAAACAUGGAGACUCAAUCAUUUGGAUUUUCAAAUUCUCCCCCACUGUUUGGUCAUCUCUUUGUUUUCUACAGUGUUCAGAAUCCAGAUUCUUUAAAUGUUUGGUUGUUGCCAAAUGUCUAUAUAUAUGUAUAUAUAUUUAUAUAUACAUACAUAUACACAUACAUAGAAAUGUAUGUAUAUGUUUAUAAUGGUUCAUCAUUGUGGAGACUUUAUUUUUAUACAAACCCCUUCCCGGACAAAUAUGAGAACCAGAUAUGAGGACUUUGUACAUUCUAAAACAGGGAAAUAGGCAAAAAUGUAGAUGUUGUCUUAAAUGGCACAUAGGGUUCCAAUUACUUCUAUGCAUUCGUGUGUUCUCAGAUGUAUCUUGUUCGUUUUGUUCUCCCAAAAACAACCCCAGGACGAACUCGCUGUAGCACCCGGGGUCUGAUGUACAUGUUUGUUUAUGUGGAAAUGUUUUAUGUCUUAUUUAUUCCUUCUGGUCAUGAUGACGAUGAUUCCUGAUUAAAUGACAGGACUUUAAUAAAUUUGU